UACGGUUGAGCCAACAAGGAGAAUCUGCAGCAUCAUCGUCGCCUCUCCUUCCGAGGUGACAUUGAUUAGUUCGGAACGUAAAUGACAUAGUGAGUACUCAUGUCAUCUAAGGACCCUCAUUUUAACGUGUCUGGUCCUGGCGUCCUGUAGCGCGCCGGCUACAUCACCAGCCCUGCCCCGGCAAUCGCACCGAUGAGGGCAACAACUAUCCCCAUCACGCCGCCAUACAGUUCUCCUCCGCCGGCUUUGAUGCUAGCGUUUGCGCUCGCGCUUGUCCCUGCGGCGGAAGAGGAACUGUGCUCUGCCGACGAUGCGGCCAAAGAAGCACUCCCCGCUGACGACAAGGCGACAGAAGCACUGCUCACUGAGAGUAGCACUUCUGAAGAGGAAGGAGCAGGGGUGGAGGAUACGUUGAGUGUGGCCGACGACGACGCGGUUGCAGCGCUGGACGGUAUUGAACUUGUCUCCGUCACCGAGAAAGAUGGCAUACUGACGCUCACUGCGGCGCAAUCCUGAGACUGUAGAGCCUGAGCAGCUGCGAGAUCUGACGACGGACAUUGUUUCAAAACACAGGAGGCUAUGUUUGAUUGGAUACUCGUGGAAGAACAGAUGCAACUGAUAUCUGUAGCGCUGGAGCAACCGCUGCCGGAUGCCGUGGCAACGCUUUCGACGCAGGAUAGGAUGCAUGCAUCGGCGGUUGCAGUGCUGACAGGCGCGACAGAGGAUGUGUGGAAGAACUGUGCGGUGGCUCUGCCAAAUAGAGCGGCUGCAAGGAAAGCAGAUGGAAGAACAGCCUUGAAUAACAUCGUUUGCGUACGUCGGUCUACGAGAGGAUAUCAAACACCAGAUUGCUUAGGUGGGAAGCGCGGAGGGACGUGGGGGGGAUGAAACUCUACAGAAGCCCAUGGACGCGAGGGUAGAUAUACGAGCUACGUGUGCG